AACCUUUGGAGCUGGUCACAUGAUUCGGGAUCGAAGGGGGAGAGAAACAGCGCACAGUAGGGGAGCAGAAGACUGGGGCACAAACCAUGAAGAAGAAGGUCCUCCUAAUGGGAAAGAGCGGGUCGGGGAAGACCAGUAUGCGCUCCAUCAUAUUCGCCAACUACAUCGCCAGAGACACGCGGAGACUAGGAGCAACAAUUGAUGUGGAGCAUUCCCACGUCCGUUUCCUCGGCAACCUCGUCCUCAACCUGUGGGACUGUGGAGGGCAGGAGAUCUUUAUGGAGAACUACUUUACGACUCAGCGAGACAAUGUGUUUCGGAAUGUGGAGGUCCUCAUAUAUGUCUUUGAUGUUGAGAGUAGAGAGGUGGAGAAGGACAUGCACUACUACCAGUCAUGUCUAGAGGCCAUUCUUCAGAAUUCUCCUGGUGCAAAGGUGUUCUGUCUGAUCCACAAGAUGGACCUAAUCCCAGAAGACCAGCGGAAAAUGAUAUUUGACAAGCGUGAGGCAGAGCUGAUGAAGCGGUCCCUACCUCUAGAGUGUACCUGCUUCAAGACAUCAAUAUGGGACGAAACCCUCUACAAGGCAAGUGCAUGGUCAAACAUUGUUCACCUACUGAUACCAAAUGUCCAUCAGCUAGAGUCCAGUCUCAGUAACUUUGCCACAAUCCUCGAUGCAGACGAAGUGCUUCUCUUUGAGCGAGCCACUUUCCUAGUGAUAGCCCACUCAGUGAAGAGACCGCACACAGACAUCCAUCGCUUCGAGAAGAUAAGCAACAUUGUCAAACAGUUCAAACUGAGCUGCAGCAAACUACAGGCACAGUUUCAGAGCAUGGAAGUUCGCAACUCAUGUUUUGCGGCGUUCAUCGAUUUCUUCACCCCCAACACAUACGUCAUGGUCAUAAUGUCCGACCCCACCAUACCGUCCGCAGCUACACUGGUGAACAUCAGAAAUGCCAGAAAACACUUCGAGAAGAUCGAGCGGCUAGAGUCCGGACUCCCAGUACCGACGACGGCACCAAGAAUCUAA